AUAUUUUUCAAAAAAACGAAGGCAAAUUUAGUUGGUAAGGAUGCAAAUAAUUAUAUUUUAUAAUAACAAGAGUUCAAAUUUUUCUAUGUGGUGGAUAGUGUUUUUGUAAUUCAAGUGUAUUGAUUAGUUUUAUAUUGAUUAUGAAUAGAUUAAAUGAAUAUAUAUUUAAUGUCUUAAGUUUUAGGGUUAAUAUGUGAUGUGAUGUAUGAGUCUCUUAAGGGUCUUGUCAUUGAUUUAUGGGUGCUUUCAUAACUCCUCAACAAGUGGUAUUGAGUGUGUUUGGUUCAAGAGUAGACAGAGAAGGAGAGAUUUGAAUGGAGGAGAGAGAAGGGAAGAGAAAUAAAAACAUAUUUAGUUAAAAAGAAGAGAAAGAAAUUUUUUAAAUUGUUUUGUGUUUGAUUUAAAGGGAAACAAAGGACUUUCAAUGGCUUUGUUUUUUUUUUUAUUUUGGUUAUCUUCCCACCUCCGCAAAUCCUCUCAAAAUAAAGAGAGAGCAAAAAUAAAUAUCGGAGGGAUUUUGAUCCACUCUCUUCUUAAAAGUUGAACCAAACACAUUUAAAAAAAAUAUUAUCUCUCUCCUUCCCGUCAAACCUCUUAAACCAAACACACGCUUAGAGAUCCCUUAUGGUGAAGUUUGGUGCUCAUAGUGGGUUUUGUUGGCCGUUAACGAGUAUGGCGACGUGAGAGACUCAUAGUUGAGUGUUUAAAAUUCUAGUGUGAGUUGUUAACCUUAUAAAUAGUGAUGUGAGAGAUUUACACUUCAUGAUUUAAAUUUAUUUAUGAGUGAUUACUCUUAUAACGAUUAGGCGUGUUUUUUCAGCCUUGAGGUCUAUUUUAACCCUAACGAGCUUUGGUAAUCCAACUCAAUUAAUUUUUUAAUUAUAAACAAUAUAAAAUUGAACCUUUUAACAUUGAGAUUCUCAAGGUAUCGUCCUCCUUCUAUAAAUAGGAGUCAUUGCACCAACUCAUAUAGCCAGGAUUAAGUUUAGCCCAAAAAUGAAGAGGGAACCAUGUUCAAAUGAUCCAAUCCUCCAUCUAACUAUAUAACCUAAAACCUCAAAAAGAGAGGCACCAUAUACAUAUCCAUAUCCAUUAACAUGGAUCCACCAAAGAAACCUAACAAGAUUAGAGAAAUCGUUAGACUUCAACAGAUCCUUAAGAAAUGGAGAAGAAUAGCUAAUGCUUCAAAAACAAGCAGAAGUAACAACAGCAGCAGUAGCAGUACUAGUAAAGGCAUAAAGUUUCUGAAAAGAACACUUUCAAUGUCUGAACGUGAUCAAGGAGGAGGAUCAAGCAACGUGGUUCCCAAAGGUUACCUAGCUGUUUGUGUUGGGGUAGACCUUAACAGGUUUGUUAUACCAACUGAGUAUUUGGGUCAUCAAGCCUUUCAUAUAUUACUCAGAGAAACUGAAGAAGAAUUUGGGUUUGAACAAACUGGUGUUCUGAGGAUUCCUUGUGAAGUUUCUGUUUUUGAGAGUAUCUUGAAGAUGGUGGAGGGAAAGGAUAACAGGCUUUCUACUCAGAAAUGUAGGUUUGGUAUUGAAAAGAUGAUGGGAUACUGUUCCUCAAACCAGCUUGGUUAUUCUCAUCAGCCUCAAAGUCCUAUGUGCAGUUAGUCACUUCACAAUUUUAACCAACGAUUUUUUUUAAUCUUUUGCUAGCUCUUUAUGUAAGCCAAUAUCUAUGUAUUAGUUAUAUAUAUAUAUAUCUGAGAAGAAUACAACUUUUACUUUUAAUAUUUUGCUACUGUCUUUUUCUUUUCUUCUUGGCGGAACCAGUUUAGCAAUUUUGGAUGAAGGGUGAUAAUUUGGUAAUUGACAAACUUAUUAGUAUACCAUACUAAACUACGCAAUAUAAUCUAUUAUUCUAGAACUGAAAA